AUGUCAACAGAUGGUAAUCAACCACAAACGUUGAGUAAAAAACAACGUCGUAAAAUUGCACGAGCUCAACUAUCCCAAGCAACUCGCCCACCUGAUGAUGAUGAACAUGAGGAAGUAAAUGAAAUACAAACAAUAAUACCAACUCAGACCAAUUAUUCACAAGCGACAAAUGUACCGUUAGCAAAUAAUACGAUACAAAUACCUAUAUCAAACAUCAAUGAACAAGCAGAGAAUAAUGUAUUAAUAACAUUACCUAAGUCUGAACUGAAAACUACUGGAUUGACAAUAACGACUGUAAUCCCAGAUACUGAGAGUAAAGAUGGAGCAUGUGAUGAGGAUACAGACCUUUGUUCACCUUGUCCAACACCUCCGCCAUCUCGACGUCGAAAUAAACGUUUUCCAAUAACAUCUGCAAUCCCAUUAUUACCUCCAGUUGAACAAAAAUAUGGACCACCAUCUAAACUAAAACCCGGCACUUUAGGCACACCAACAAAAGUCUACACUAAUCAUUUCCCAGUUAAAGUAGCACCUAGCUUGAUGCUUUAUCAAUAUGAUGUUAUCGUAGAAAAACCAAGUUUUUCAGCUCCAGGCACUUGGGAAGAAGUAAUGAGUCGUGAUCAACGUCGACGUUUUGUACAACAAUUAGCAACGAAUAAUUCAUUCAAAUUUAUAUUUUGGUAUGAUGAAGGUAAAUGUUUCUAUUCAACAAUAAGUAUAAAGCAACAACAAUUUCCAUUAAUAUACACUCUUCCAUCGAGUAAUCAAGGUAGUCUUCGUUUAUGUAUUAUUAAUUUAGCUGGUCAAUGGUCAACAUCAACUAUAUUUGAUUAUAUUCGUACUCCUAAUUCAACUAUCCCAUUGAGUGCUGUUCGUAUUCUGGAGACUUUAUUAAAACAAGCUCUACAACCUGUUACACAUUGUGAAGGUUCAUUAUUUUAUCGAGAUCGACCAGAACCAGAUAAACGUUUACCAGAUGGAUUUGAGUUACGUUUAGGAUUUUUUCAAGCAUUACAUUUAACACAAGCAGGAUUAACACUUAAUCUACAAACAACAUUAACUAAGUUUUAUCCAGAUAUGGAAAUACUUGAUUUUCUUACAUUAAAUUUAAAAAAAGAUGUUCGUAAAUUUGGUAUGACAGGUAAUGAUUAUGAAAAGGCUAAGCUUGUAUUAAAUGGAUGUAAAAUAACAACAAAACAAUCAAACUAUACACAAAUUUAUCAAAUUCGAAGUUUUUCUGAUAUUCCUGAACGACAAACAUUUACAUUCACAAGAGAAACUAAUGUUAAUGGACAAAAAACUCGUUCAGACAUUCCAUAUAACCUUAUACAAUAUUAUGAUAAGGAGAAAAACAUUCAACUUUUAUAUCCUAAAUUACGAUGUUUACAAUGUUAUUUUUUACAUGAACGACAUGAUCCAAAACAUAUACCUAUUGAAUUAUGUCGAAUUCUUCAAUGGCAAGAAUGUGAACGCGAGUCCGCUAAUGAACAACGUGAUCGUCAAAAUCUUUCAAUUCCAUCACCUGAUCAACGUUAUAGAGAUAUAAUGUCAUCACUUCGAGCAUGUAAUUAUCGUUCACCACCAACAUUACCACUUUGUCAAGCUGUUCAAUUAACAGUUGAUGAUGGUGAAAUGAAACUUAUAUCAGCUCGUCUUCUUCCUGCUCCAGUUAUUAAUGAUAAUAAUGCUGAUAUAAAUAUGGGUCGUAUAAAUUUAAGAGGAAAAUUUGUUGAACCAUAUAGACUUAAAACAAUUGCAUUUACAUAUUUUGGUCCACCACCACCACCAUUAUCGGCUGAGAAGAAGACUUUAAUGGGAAAAUUUGUUGAUUCUUUUCAUAAAAUGGCGAAACAAUUUCGUUUAGGUCCCAUUGCAACAGCACCAAGAGACGCUGUGUGGAUAUCAGAGAAUGAACAGGAUCGUGAAGUAAAUUUAAAUGCUAUUGAAACUUAUUUUCGUGGUAAAAAGGAACAGAAGUGUGAAUUGGUUAUUUGUAUAAUGGAUAGUUAUUGGAAUGAAUUACGACCAAGUAUUAAAUUAAAUGGAACAGUUACGUUUGGUGUAACAACUCAAUGUCUAUUAUAUUCAAAACUACAAGAACAAAUGGAUAGAUUUGCUCGUACACAACGUGGUAGUCCUGAUCGUAUAUUAGAUAAUAUGUGCGAAAAUUUAUUAAGAAAAAUUAAUUUUAAAAUGCAAGGUAUUAAUACACAAGUUUCAUUACCAAUGCCUACAACAGAUGCUUCGAGUAAAUCAGUAAAAUCAAAAAAUGAAGAUGCAUGGCAAUUUAUGGGUGCUGAUGUUCUUCAUCCUGUAUGUCGACAAGAUAAACCAUCAAUUGCUGCUGUUGUUGGAUCAGGUGAUGCAUUAUGUUCAACAAGUGCUGUUCGAAUAUGUAAACAAUGGCCGAGAAAUGGUAAAUGUGCUAUUGAAGCAGUUGUUGAUUUACAACAAAUGGUUACAGAAUUAUUAGAAUAUUAUCGAGAAGCAAAUAAUCGAUUACCAAAUAAGAUUGUAUUUUAUCGAGAUGGAGUUGAUGAUGGACAAUUUGCACGUAUUCUUAAUUUCGAAAUACCGCAAAUGAAACGGGCUUUUAAAGAGGUUUAUCCAAAGGAUACACUUCCACUUUUGACAUUUAUUGUUGUGAAAAAACGCCAUCAUACACGAUUCUUCAUGUUAGAUAAUCAAAAUAAAACAGUUAAUAUUCCUCCAGGAGUUGUGAUUGACACAGAUAUUGUACAUCCAGGUCAAUUUAGUUUCUUUCUUAAUUCACAUAAAGCACUUCAAGGUACAAAUCGUCCAGCUCUUUAUCAUGUACUUUAUGAUGAAAUACAAUUUACUGCUGAUGAAUUACAAUUAUUAACUUAUUAUUUAUGUUUUACUGAUCCACGUUCAUCGACAAGUGAAGCUAUUCCAUCACUUAUUCAUCAAGCUGAUUUAGCAGCAAGUAAUGCACGUGAUCUUUUUCCUGAAAAAGAUAAUUCGACAAAUGAUGGUUAUGCAGCUGAUGCACUUGAAGAACCAUCACUUGGUGAUAUUGUAACUGAACAUUUACGUGUUCAUGAAAGUAUGCGUGAUAAACCUCAUUUUGGAUAA